CGCGGCUUUGCUGGGAUAGGGGAGCGGAAGCAGAGAACGCAACCGGGGGACCCAGGUGCGGGGGUUAGGGGCGAGGAGGCUGAUGGAUCCGUUAGGAACACUCAAGAGGCAAAACACAGCCAGAAGCUUGACUUGACCCGGACCAGCAACCUCAAACUCUUGGGCUCAAGCGAUUCUCCUCCCGGCUCUCCUGUUCGCCCCGCCCCCACUUGGGUCUGCAGGGACCCUGUCCCCUGUCCCCUGACCCGAGCCUGGUCCCUCCUCAGGCACUGACCCUUGUCCUCGGGUCGCUCCCCCAUCUCCCCGGCGCGAUGGCUACGGGCGCGGAUGUACGGGACAUUCUAGAACUCGGGGGUCCAGAAGGGGAUGCAGCUUCUGGCACCAUCAGCAAAAAGGAUAUUAUCAACCCGGACAAGAAAAAGUCCAAGAAGUCCUCUGAGACAUUGACUUUCAAGAGGCCAGAGGGCAUGCAUCGGGAGGUCUAUGCACUGCUCUACUCUGACAAGAAGGAUGCACCUCCACUGCUACCCAGUGACACUGGUCAGGGUUACCGCACAGUGAAGGCCAAGUUGGGCUCCAAGAAGGUGCGGCCCUGGAAAUGGAUGCCAUUCACCAACCCAGCCCGCAAGGAUGGAGCUAUGUUCUUCCACUGGAGACGGGCAGCGGAGGAAGGGAAGGACUACCCCUUUGCCAGGUUCAAUAAGACUGUGCAGGUGCCUGUGUACUCGGAGCAGGAGUACCAGCUCUAUCUCCAUGAUGAUGCUUGGACUAAGGCAGAAACUGAUCACCUCUUUGACCUCAGCCGCCGCUUUGACCUGCGUUUUGUAGUUAUCCACGACCGGUAUGACCACCAGCAGUUCAAGAAGCGUUCUGUGGAGGACCUGAAAGAGCGAUACUACCACAUCUGUGCUAAGCUUGCCAAUGUGCGGGCUGUGCCAGGUACAGACCUCAAGAUACCAGUAUUUGAUGCUGGACAUGAGCGACGGCGGAAGGAACAGCUAGAACGUCUGUACAACCGGACCCCAGAGCAGGUGGCAGAGGAGGAGUACCUGCUACAAGAGCUGCGCAAGAUUGAAGCACGGAAGAAGGAGCGGGAGAAACGUAGCCAAGACCUACAGAAGUUGAUUACAGCAGCAGACACCACUGCAGAGCAGCGGCGCACAGAACGCAAGGCCCCUAAGAAGAAGCUACCCCAGAAAAAGGAGGCUGAGAAACCGGCUGUUCCUGAGACUGCAGGCAUCAAGUUUCCAGAUUUCAAGUCUGCAGGUGUCACACUGCGGAGCCAGCGGAUGAAGCUGCCAAGCUCUGUGGGACAGAAGAAGAUCAAGGCCCUGGAACAGAUGCUACUGGAGCUUGGUGUGGAGCUGAGCCCAACACCAACGGAGGAGCUGGUGCACAUGUUCAAUGAGCUGCGAAGCGACCUGGUGCUGCUCUAUGAGCUAAAGCAGGCGUGUGCCAACUGUGAAUAUGAGCUGCAGAUGCUACGGCACCGUCAUGAGGCAUUGGCCCGGGCCGGCGUGCUGGGGGGCCCCACCACACCAGCAUCGGGCCCAGCCCCAGCCUCUGCUGAGCCAGCGGUGCCUGAACCUGGACUUGGCCCUGACUCCACCAAGGAAACCAUCAUUGAUGUGGUGGGCGCGCCCCUCACCCCCAAUUCGAGGAAGCGAAGGGAGUCAGCCUCCAGCUCAUCUUCUGUGAAGAAAGCCAAGAAGCCAUGAGAGGCCACACGGUGCAUGGGUGACACUAUUGUGGUUCAGUGUGGAUGUACCUUCAGGAGAAGUGGGCAUGAAGAGAGGACACCAUGUUUCCCCAGGGACUCAGGAAGCCAUGAAGUCUGGUGUGUGGCCAAACAGUGGGAAGACAGAUAGACAGAUGGGUGGGUAGUGGCGGCCAUGGCAACUCCAGACGUGACCCAUCCCCGUGGUUUAUGGGCCGAACAUGCGCCCCGCUCAGCUGAGGCCCCGUCAUUUGUCUCCCUUAGUGUGUAUGCCUGUGCUGUGGGGGUAGAGGGUGGUAGAGGGAGGGGCUGUGGCAGGAGGAGCUGGACAGUUGGUAAGAAGGGGAAUGGGACAGGAAGUGGCCUGGGAGGGGGAGGGGGAGGGCUUAUGAGGGGCUCAGUGGCUGAGAUGGCAUUGGUGGAGGGGCUAUGAUAGGGUGAUUUUCUUCCCAAAUAAACCUGGCCCUGUCAGGGCACCUCCAAUCCUUCCUGUCUCCUGCACUCUAGGGACCAUAGCUGCUGUGCAUAUUAAGAAUAAGUCCCCUCGUUAUCUGCAAUUACCCAGCGGCCACACACCUCAUUUCUUCCAGCAGAAAAGAAAAUUAGUUUUCUAUUGACUUUAUCUGGCUCCUCCCUCAUUGCUAGACAAAUCGUUCAAUCUGCUUCCCCUGGCCCAAGUGAAUGUCCUAGCCCCGACCCCCAGAACAGCAGCCAUCCAGUGGGCAGGCACAGAUUUCCUUUGUGCCUGGCCACAUGCCCCAGUCUCUGUCCUUGACCUCUCCCUACUUCAUACACUGGAUGACUUCAUCCAAAUCCUGAGCUUCAGCAACUCUAAGUUCACUAUCUCCAGCCUGGAUCUCUCCUGGGCUCCAGACCACAUACUAAGCCCCUUGAACAUCUCUUUCUAGAUAUACAAACUCAUUAUGUCCAACAAUAAACUAAUUUCCUAAUUUCCUCCCCCAGCUGUUACUGGUGUUUCCCAUCCCAAUGAACAACACCAUUUUGCACCCUAAAUGCCCAAACAAGAAACCUGAGGAGUCAGAGGGCCACCUUGCCUUCUCCCUCACUCCUCAAAUCUAAUCAAGCAGUACCUUCUGCAGAUAUUCUCUGCUUACUCUAAUCAUCUACUUCCCUUCGUUCUGCAGCCAGUCACCCAACUAGUCCAGACCCCAUCAUCUCUCUCCCUUUUUGAAUUAUAUAUACUUGGAAUAUGUCAUCAUCUCUUGCUUGGAUUACUACAACAGCCUUACUUUUUCUCCCUCUAAUCCAGUGGUUCUCAACCUUCCUAACGCCACAGCUCUUUAAUACAGUUCCUGUGAGUCGUGACCCACAAGUUGAGAACUGCUGCUCUAAUUUAUUCUCUUGUAGCCAAACUGAUCUUUCUUACACAAAUCUGAUCAUGUUCUUCCCUCUUUAAAUCUGAUCAGUGGCUCACCUUGUCCGAAGUUUAAAUUCUACCCACUUAGCUCAGUGCUGGUAGCUCAGUGAGCAGGGCACCGGCCACAUACACCAAGGCUGGGAGUUCGAGCCCAGCCCAGCCCUGCUAAACAACAAUGAGAACUGCAACCAAAAAAUACCUGGGCAUGGUGGUGGGCACAUGUAGUCCCAGCUAUUUGGGAGGCGGAAGCAAGAGAAUCCCUUAAGCCCAAGAGUUUGAGGUUGCUGUAAGCUAUGACAUCACGGCACACUACCGAGGGUGACAGUGAGACUCUGUCUCAAAAAAAUAAAUAGCUGGGUGCAGUGGCUCAUGCCUGUAAUCCCAGCACUGUGGGAGGCUGAGGCAGGAGGACUGCUUGAGCUCAGGAGUUCGAGGCUUGUCUGAGCCAGACUGAGACCCCGACUCAUGAAAAAAAUGGAAAAACCCAGCCAGGGGUCUAAGUAAGCGCCUAUAAUCCCAGCAGCUUCGGAGGCUGAGGCAGCAGGAUGCCCACAGCCCACAUCUGAGGUUGCAGUGAGCUACGACGCCAUUGCACUCUGCUCAGGACACAGGCGAGAACUCUGUUUUGACAAAAAAAAGAAAAGGAAAGAAAUUCUACACUUUAAUAUAUCUGAAAAGCUCUGCAAAAACUGAUUGCUAUUUCUGGUCUCUGCUACUCUCUACCUCCAAUCCCUCACUUCUAUCCCAAGGAACCACUAUUUUCUGAAAAUGACAAAGUGGGUUUUGGAGUCAGAGGGACCUGUUUCCAAUCCUGACUCCACCCACUGGCUGCACAGCUUGCAGCAAGUGCUUGUUUUCUCUAAACUGCAGGUUCCUCCACAAGGGGUGAUAAUGGCCUUAGCAUUAUUGUGAAGCCUGAGCAAGAUGUUGCAGCCACAUGUAUUUGCAUUUGCUGUCCUUUAUGCUUCCUGAAGAGAGAUGGCAAAGAUGCUAGUUUUCUGGUUGAGCCAAUGGUGAGA